AUGUCUGCUCCAUACGAUCCCAAUCAACAAGGCUACUACCCUCCUCAGCAGGGCUACGCCCCUCAGGGCCAAUAUCCCCCUGGCCCUCCGCCUAUGCAGUACCAGCAAGGCCCUCCACCACCACAGCAAGAAGAGAAGAGCCACGGCUGUCUAUACACAUGUCUCGCUACACUCUGCUGCUGCUGGCUCUGCGGCGAGACCUGCGAGUGUUGUCUUGAGUGCUUCGACUGCUGCUGUUAA